AAUCGGUCCGUGAGAAACAUAGUUCCGAUUAUCGGGACCUGAAAUUUUUGUUUGCUUGCUUCAUAUCGAUCGUGACAAUUUCGCUUCUUUGUCCUUGCGCAGUUUUUACCAAGGACCAAACCGUUCUAUCCGUAAACUAAACAAUCUGCCUCUUCAUUUUUUUGCGCUUUAAUCAUUUCAGAAAAGUCGGCCGAGACGUACGAAUUCGCUUUGUCAAACCCGGUCUUAGCGAGCUUUUAGCUAAAAAUUCAAGACAGUGCAGGGUGGUUAUGGUACCUGUUGCCGACUUGAGAGCAGUUUACAAAGUAAAUUUGCUGUUCACGAGCAACACGCGACAGCAACAAGCAGCAGGACAACAACAAAGGUAAAGCCGCCGCUUUGCACAUUGGAUCGCAUCACACGACACCGACCGAUUGCGUGUCGAUUGACCCCUCAUCGCCAAUUCGCUGCUGCAACCUUAUAGUAGUUUCGCGAGGGUACUUAUCAGCCCAAGGGAGACAGACGAUACCGACCUUGCCUUAGCUUCAUCACCAAAAAGGCGCCGGGUGGAUAUCCGCUGCAAAGCCCAUUCCCCGUCUCCAUUUUCCACACCCCCGCCCACUCUUCCUUGCGUUGUGCAUCCUUCUCAAGUCAGCCAAUCGCUGUCCCGUCAUUGACGGCGUGUCUUGUCGGUGCAAUCCAUUUGGAGGAGAGCCGACCCUCUCUGCUGCGUGCAACACCCUGGCGCGCAACGCAGAAAAAAUCUAGAAGGCAGCAAUCCCCAAAAUCCCUCCUUUCAUCUUUGGGCGUGCGGGACAAAUAAACUCCACAAGCUGCACUAAAGGGAAAAUCAGUCUUACGGUAGAUACCAUACCAUUUCUGGGACAGACCGCAGCCACCGAGCAGAUAGGCCAUUUACCGGACGGCCGGAACCGGACGAACAGCCACCAGGGAAUGGGGAGAACGAUCUGGCGGGGAUCAUGUUGACGAGGUCUCCCGCCGCACCACAUCCGCGCUCGUCCAAUGCGUCGCCCAGUUUCCACCACACCUUCCACUAUGCGCCCGCAAGCGCCGCUACCGCCUCCGCCGCACCCGCACCCUCCCCCCCGUCACGACUCUCCGUCCCCGUCCCACUCCUCGCCAAGCCCCGACGCCCCUCGUUGUCAUCGUCGCCGUCCCCAUCAUUGCCUGCUUCGGGGCCACUGAGCCGCAGCACCGACGCCCCCUCUCCGGCUGCGUCCCCCGCCGCGGCCCCGAAGCGCUAUGUCGCUGUCGAUGCCGGUACACAGUACUCUCCUAUGGAGCCGAUCAACUACUUGGCAACUUUACAUGCGAGACAGAACCUGCACGUAAUACCCGACGAGCCACCCCCGACUCCGGGCCCGAAGCCCAUGACGCCGGGCGUAGAGCAGGGCGCUGCCGCCGCCGCCGCCGCCGCCUCAGCUUCAGCUCAUCAGCCCCCGCCAUCGGCAUCAUCGGGCCCGGUCCCCAACAUGGCCGUGACCCCCGUAGAGCCCAAGGCCGUGACGUCCCCCGCCAUCAAGAGGCGGAAUUCCCAGGCUGUCGCCUCAAAUAGCGGGGAUGCGGCCACUCAGGCCCAAAAUAUUCCACAAAAACGCGCAAAGCCGACGAGACCUCCACCCAAGGUCCUGCCACAACGAUAUGAACUGUGUCAGGUCGAGGACAUUGUCGUCUUGAUAGCGCACAUGCUCGGCGAGUUAAUUGAGACCAACGAUGCAUUGGCUCUCAAGUCGGGUCACUUGACAAGGUUUCAUUCACGAACCGCACCUGGUAUCUCGGUUCUGGAAUACCUCCACCGUCUCGCCAAGCACGCGACGCUGUCACCGCCUCUCCUCCUAUCCAUGGUCUAUUACAUUGACCGCCUGUGCGCCCUUUAUCCUGACUUCACCAUCAACACGCUCACAGUGCACCGUUUCCUCAUCACGGCAGCAACGGUUGCGGCCAAAGGCCUAUCGGAUCUCUUCUGGAAUAACACCACAUAUGCGCGCGUGGGCGGCGUCCGCGUGGCCGAGCUCAAGCUUUUGGAGCUCGAGUUUCUGUACCGGGUGGACUGGAAGAUUGUCCCCAACCCGGACGUUCUCGUUGCGUACUACAAAGGGCUUGUCGAACGCUGCCCGGGCUACGUAAUACAGGGCGACGAAGGGGAGCAGCAACCCGGUGCUCAAGCGGAUGACGAAAUAGAAGACUACGAUGACGAAUUAGACGACGACGACGAAGAAGAAGAAGACGAAGUCGCCGAUGAUGACGAGGCGAGCUCCGAGGACGACAGCGCCAAGAAUGGGAGGUAGCCACUCCUUCCUGAAGCUUUUUUAUCCGUGUCUUGGCUGGACGGCAAACUGGUCGUCCAACACAGGCCGAGCUUUCAAAUUAUUGGUAACUUUAGCGGUUUAUAAAAUACGACAGUGGAGGGUCUUGGGUUUUUAUCGAUGGGAAUUUGACGAAGGACUGCCGCAUAGCAUGGGAUCUUUUUUGGUAUUCAUUUGGUUAGAGAGGGGAUUUUCUUCUAUUCUUUUUUUUGCGCUCGUUUUUUUUUCAACUUUGUGACGCUCGCCUUCCCCGGCGUCUACUUUUAAAGUCUUUGUUUCUAUUUUUUGGGAUACCCUGAUGAUUACAAGGGAGAUAUGGGAGUCAUUACGUUUGUAUACUCUACAUAACGAUUGAGGAAUCAAGCUACGAUGCAACUCCGGCCUGAAAGUCAAAAGGUCUGAAUAGCGAAGAAUGCCGUUGCAAUUCUACAAGAUCCAAGGCAAAUAAGAUGAGCUGAAUUUACGGCAGGAAGAAGACACGGAAGAUAUUCAAUGAAGAUUCCAAAUAGAAACCCUCCCGGUGGAUUGAGA